CGGAAGCUCCGUCGUUACUGGUCACUGUCGUCCCGUUGUUAGAGCGAUGUGUUGCUGCCGCUACGGGUACGGCUUCGUUGAAACUGGAGUUUAGCUCAAACUGGACACCAACAUGUAUUAAGAAGGCGCUCCCAAGGAAAGAAAUUAGGAAUAUUAAGGGGUCAGCCUACAUGCCAGCCUGCAUAUGUACUUCAACCUGAAUGCUGGUCCAGGAGGUACACAACACAGCAUGUUAGUGUGAGAAGAGAACAUAUCAGGGCAGGAUGCAGUCUUCAAAUCACCGACUGCGAGAUAUGGAGCAGCACCACCCGCUGCUGUCGGCAGGUGCAGAUGUCGAGACGGGGAGCCUGGCAGCCGGGGUGAUGGUCGGGGGUCCCCACGUCGGCCACACAGGAGGAAACCGCACACUGUGGUUCAUUCAGGACAGCUGCGGCAUGGUGUGUGCAGGCAUGACCUGGUUCCUGGUGCUGUACGCUGAAUUUGUGGUGAACUUUGUCAUGCUGCUGCCCGGCAAGAACUUCUGGUACUCGCUGCUGAACGGGGCCACCUUCAACUCCCUGGCUGUGCUUGCGUUGGCCUCACAUCUGCGCACUAUGUUGACUGACCCGGGUGCAGUUCCUAAGGGCAACGCAACCAAGGAGUACAUGGAGAGCUUACAGCUGAAGCCUGGUGAGGUCAUAUACAAGUGUCCUAAGUGCUGCAGCAUCAAACCUGAGAGGGCACACCACUGCAGUAUUUGUAAAAGAUGUAUCCGGAAGAUGGAUCACCACUGUCCCUGGGUCAAUAACUGCGUGGGAGAAAAGAAUCAGAGAUUCUUUGUACUUUUCACUAUGUACAUAGCCUUGAUUUCCGCCCAUGCCUUGGGCCUCAGUGGUAUGCACUUCUUCACCUGCAUUAAAGUCCAGUGGAACGAGUGCAGUGACUUCUCUCCAGGGGUGUCUGUGCUGCUGCUGAUCUUCCUCUGUCUUGAAGCCAUCCUCUUCCUCACUUUCACAGCUGUAAUGUUUGGUACGCAGAUCCACUCUAUCUGUAAUGAUGAGACGGAGAUUGAACGUCUUAAAAAUGAGAAGCCCACGUGGGAGCGUCGCAUGAGAUGGGACGGAAUGAGAGCUGUAUUUGGGGGCUCGCCCUCCCUGCUGUGGUGCAAUCCAUUCACAGGCCUGCGUCUGCGGCGCCUGUUGCUGUUGACCCAAGGUCGGCGCGGCGGGUCUGAGUUUUCUGUCUGAGAGGAGGGCAAAUCGACGCAGCUCACCAACACUUCACCGUCCCUAAAGCAAGAUUUCUUGUACGCCCUUCUUGGCCAGGGGCUAGGAUGGACCUCUGCUCCCCGAGGCCGUCCUUCAUGUGUGGGUGACAGGACGACAGGUUGCUCCAGUGGGACCCCAGUGCAUCACAACCACCAUUGAAAGUUUGUACGCUCACUCUCACAUGCUGACGUAGAACCAACUCCUUCGGUCUGCACGAGUAUGCUGAACAACUGGAAUAUUGUUUCAAACAUGAGCAGAUUUUUUUUUGGUUUGUUUGUGUGUUUUUAAGUGAAGCAUGCAGUAUGUAACUCAAGUGAGUCUUUUAUUCCUUGUGAGACGUCCAAGGUGCUGUCUGAACUCGCACCCUCAGCACACAACUUCAGCAGUUUGUUUUUCGUUGCUGCACACAUGAGAUUCAAGAGUAGUGUUUGAAUCCACAACACAUCUUUCAUCAUCACUGGACCCAGACAAGUGGAUAUAAAUGGGGAAACGCUUGAAACUGUUCUAUGGGACCCAGACAAGGGAAUCAUAGUCAAGGACAUGCACUACUUACACGGCACUGGAUACGGAGCACAGCGGACAUCAGAAGUGGGACUGUGCUGCCUUGAUUUGCAUGUAUAACAGCUCAAUCAGUCAGCAUCUCAGCCAGGAAAUGAGGCUUUCACUAUCUUUAAAUGAAUCAACAGGCUACUGUGAACACAAGCCUCAUUCUUAUUCAAGAGGACUGAGUGGUUUUUCCUAUCUGUUCAUCCUCUUUGUCAUGUUUUUCCUUUAUUAGGCUGGUAUUGUUGAUUCUUUAGGUUACCCGGGCCAGUAGAAACGAAUCGUCUUUUUUUUAAUAACUGCUGAAGCUUCUUUACCUUUCAUCAUAGUGAAAACUCCUCAACAGCUGACCGUAAUGACUCACUGGAGAUGACUACUGUUGUUCUGAAUCUUCAUUUGGAUAAAAAUUAUCAGAGUUUUAUAUUAGUUGUACUUACGUGUCCAUAAAUUUGCCGUUUCGACACUCCUCCAUGCUGCUCCACGUCUCAAUCUCUGCCCAUGAUCAGUGACCCUCAGACCACUGAUAUGCCUCCCGGUGUCUUCAUUAAAAAGUGAUUCAGGUUGACCUUUGGCUGCUGAGAAGAGUGAAUGUUAUUACGUUUGAAUGGUUUUCUGUGGAAAACUAAAGGCUACUUGUGUGUAUAGUAGGAAUCCAUAAGCAAAAACAGUUACUUCAUAGCAUUUAAACUCUGAAAAACCAACAUCCCAAACCCCUCGAGACAGAGACGAGUUUCAGACACAGUGGCUUUGCAUGCUCCUCGGCCACCAAGUGGUGUGACAUUUUCAAAAGGAGAGCUUAAAACACUGGCACCACCGACUCUGGCUCGUAGUGAGCUCACUCUGAUCUACAGAGCCAAGCUCCAUUGUGCUGUCAGCCUGUAGAAUUAAAAAGGAGCUGCACUGCUGAAAGAAGCCGAGGUACCAGGCUCAUUAUACGAGCUUUAUUACAGAACAAAGUCUCGGGGAGCUCAGCAGAUGCUUGUGAGGCCUUUCCUACUACACUCCAGAAAUGUCAGGCCUGUAACAUCUAGCGGCAGGACAGUAGCAGAUACUUAUCCAGUGUUAUUAGAACACAUAUCCAUGCCUUUAAAAUUAUUCAGUCAAGUGAAUUUAUCACCUUGAAAUUUUGUCAUUAUUGCCAUAUUUAUGAAAGUGUUUUCCUCGUCUCCUGUUUUUACUCUGCAUCGUUAACGGGCCUGUUUGCACUGGACAAAUGUGGCUUUUUGAAUCUAGGGUUCAGGAGUUAAAGUCUGAUUGGCUGGUGUUGUUGAAGUGUUGUCAAAUCUAGAUUCUCAAAGUCUCAUUUUUAUGGCGUGUUGGACAAUAUACUGCUGUUUGUUCUCAUCUGUGGUCGUCAGGAGGAGGGACUCCACUGUUUACAUUAAAUGAUAUCUGAUGCUCUGGCUUUAACGUUUUAAGAAACAUGCUGUCAUUAGAAUGUAAAAUGCAUCUGUUUUGGGACUGAGGGACACAGCACUGAAAGCUAAGUGAUAUCAGGGGAUUUUAUUAAUGCUGGCCUCAUUACUCGUUUGAUUCUGCUGGACUGUAUCGCCUCAGCAACAGUUGGGAGGAUAUCACUGUCUUAUUCAUGUCAUACUCUCUCAGCAUGGUUCAAUCAGCAAGUCCCAUAUCCUAACAUGCUCAGUGUGCUUUUUAAUUUAGGAGGCGCAACAUGAAAAAUGGGGGAAGUUCAGCCAAACAAACUGCAUAUCCAUAAUAGUCAUAUGUAUAAAUGGAAGCGGAUUAAACAAGACUAAUCCAAAAACAACAGGAGAAGCCAUGCUGUUAGUGUGGCACAUCCACAAAUGUGUUGCUAAUCAAGCAACAGCUGGUAUUAAAAAUAGAUGCAGGUAUUGGUGACAAAUGUACAUUCAGAGCCAAUGAGAGAAUUUAAUAAACACAGCGUGUCAUUAGAAUAGAAGUAAAUGUCUGACGCAGGAUGUGAGGUGACAGUGGCAGGACUAAUACGCUGCUAAACUGUUAGAGGUAUUUGUAGGAAGCAGCAGAACAUCAGCACUAAUUAUGGAUUGACAAAAAUGUUUGUGUUGACUGUGUAUGAAUAUUUGGGUAAGCUCGGUUGAUGUAUAUGUCACAAUAGGAUGGUCGUGUUUCAUGACCAAGCUCGGAUGCUGUAAUUAUAGUGUCUUAAAUUGGGAUUCUGACACAGGGUAUGUAGUCUGCAUCGAUGCUCAGCAAAGAUAACUUUUAAAGGGAUACACCAGUUAUUGUAUUUUCUCCACCUUCUGCUGUACAACUAAAAUACAAUCAACACAGGGAGAGGAUUGUUGUUCAAAGCUGUGUAAACUGACACGAGUUUGCAGUUUAAGGGGAUUUGUGGAGAAAAUGUUGAACAUGUUGUGAUGUUUAGUGAUGAUUCCUAACAGGACGGAUGUUUGAUACAAAAGUAAUAUUAACAUUGCCAUGAACAGUCGAGAGAGAUGUUGUUUCCUACUCUUCUGAGAGAAUGUUUCCUCAAGAACAAAAAGUCCUUCAGCUUUAUAAACAAAGUAUAAAGGUUACUAUUAACAAUAUAUAAAUGGAAUGUUUUAUUCGAGUUUUUUAAUUAAUGUGUCAUAAUCUUAUAAUGUCUUAUAUCUUUAAUGUCAUUCUUUUACAUAAUAAACUA